CAAAUGCUUAGUUGGGAUAUUCUGCUGGGAAAACUGUGUUCCUUGUUGAUAAAACCUCCCUGACUAACCUUAUACAAUGAAUUCUUUUUUUUCAGCCAAGAGCUCCGUAGUGCUCUCCUCUGUCCUGCUCCAGCUGAUUUUCUACAUUACAGGAAUCUACUACAUCAUUUACUUCCUGUCUUCUCUCGGCCUAAUUAUCUACAAGAGCUACGUGCUGAGCUACCCCGAUAGGCAUCUGGCUGUGGACCUGUUCCUCCUCUUCAUCAUGGCUGUGCUGGAGGGCCUACGUCUCUUCUGGGGUGUGUGCGGUAACCUGACGGAGAACGAGUACUACAUCAGUAUGAAUCUGGGUUCCACCGUGGGCUCGGUCAUGCUGGCCGUCUACUUCCUGGUUUGGCAGUCCUACGUGCUGCGCGCCGACGUCAUCAUCAACGCCAUCCUCCUGGCAGGAUAUGGCCUCAACGGCCUGCUGGGACUCUUCACCUUCGCCCGCUUCAGCAGUGUCUACACCUGAGAGGGUCCUCCAGCUUCCCAUGAUGCUCUCUGCUGAGGUGCUGCUGUAGUGACCUAGGCAGACCUGUCCGUCACCCACGUGCCGAGAGAGAGAGAGACAGAGAGACAGAGAGAUGUGUUUGUGUGUGGUGGCUAAGGACUAGAGAGGCUGUGCUAAGUGCUGAAGAAGUACUGGUACUGUUGAGGUGCCCUUUUGAGAAGUGAUGCGAUACAUAAUUAACACAGCUUGGCCCAAGUCCAGAGGCCUAGCACUGGAGAUCAUGUAUUUGUAUCGGUUUUAGAGCAGCCUGCCUCGGCCUUGCUAACCACAACAGAAUCAUGGUUUUCAGGACGGAUUUAAAGGAGCCUGUAGUAGGAUUUCUUCUUCCAAGCCCGAUUUCAAGAUUGUUUUUUUGAGUGAACCCAAAUCAGUUUUGUCUAAUCAGGGGAAGAUGGAUAACUGCCAUGGAUCUGCUCCGGUAGUUUCCAGACUCAGGUGAAGAUGUUUUGGAUAACUGUCAUGGAUCCGCUCCAGUAGUUUCCAGCCUCACCUGCAGGAGGAGUGAAAGACUGACAUUGUGCCUGUGUCAAUCUGAGGAGGAUGUUUAUGUCGACAUAUAACUACAUAACUCUGUAUAUUUAGAUCUCAUCUGUUUUUUUUACUGUACAAUACAUUUUCCAGAUUUUUUUAUUG